AUGGAAUUGAUCAACGACUUCCUCAAUCUAACUGCACCUUUCUUCAGCUUCUUUGGUCUAUGCUUCUUCUUGCCCCCUUUUUAUUUCUUCAAGUUCUUGCAGUCUAUCUUCUCAACCAUUUUCUCGGAAAAUCUUUAUGGGAAAGUGGUUCUCAUCACUGGUGCUUCCUCCGGCAUCGGCGAGCACUUGGCAUAUGAGUACGCAAGUAGAGGUGCAUGCUUGGCCCUGACCGCCAGAAGGAAGGGACGUCUAGAGGAAGUGGCAGAGAUUGCUCGUGAAGUUGGAUCUCCCAAUGUCAUCACCGUUCAUGCUGAUGUCUCAAAACCUGAUGAUUGUAGACGAAUCGUGGAUGAGACUAUCUCCCAUUUUGCUAGAUUGGAUCAUCUUGUAAAUAAUGCCGGGAUAACACAGAUUUCCAUGUUCGAGGACGUUCAAGAUAUAACCAGGAACAAAGCCGUUUUGGAUACCAACUUUUGGGGAUCGGUUUAUACAACUCGUGCCGCCCUUCCAUACCUUCGACAAAGCAAUGGUAAGAUUGUAGCUAUGUCUUCCUCUGCGGCUUGGCUAACGGCUCCAAGGAUGAGCUUUUACAAUGCAAGCAAAGCGGCUUUGUUGAACUUCUUUGAGACGCUGAGGAUUGAGCUUGGUGGAGAUGUACACAUUACAAUCGUUACACCUGGUUAUAUCGAAUCAGAACUCACACAAGGCAAGCACUUCUCUGGUGAAGGCGAGUUAAUAGUAGACCAAGACAUGAGAGAUGUUCAAAUAGGAGCAUUUCCGGUAGCAUCUACAUCAGGGUGUGCCAAGGAGAUAGUGAACGGUGUGUGCCGGAAACAGAGAUAUGUGACAGUGCCAUCGUGGUUUAAGGUGACAUACUUUUGGAAAGUGUUCUGUCCGGAGGUGAUUGAGUGGGCCUGCCGGUUCUUGUUCUUGACCGGACGUGGUACGUCCGGGGAAUAUGCACUCAACAAGAAGAUUAUGGACAUUCCUGGUGUACGUAGUGCUCUUUACCCUGAAUCUAUCAGAACUCCGGAAAUCAAGUCGGAGUAG